CACCUCUCGAGAUCCCUGCGCAGGUCCCUGCCCAUGACGAGGCUGAAAAUGGCGACGCCGCACAGAUCAUGUCUGAUGCGCCUGGGGGCGACGUUUCCCCGGGUCCAACUGCAGUUCCGCAAGUUGCUCCGGUUGCGAGCACGUCUGCUUACCCGCAGGAACGUCACGAGCAGCUGGGCUUGUCAGACGGCCAUUGGGUCACGCCCCGCGCCGAACUUGGAAGCUUCGAUGUGAGGGUCGAACCGUUCCCUCGUGUGGCGGACACCUCCAACCCUUCGCCAACUCAGGUCGGACCUACCCACGCUGGAGACGCAAGCACCCCUCAGCCCAACGGCGACGCAACGCAGACUACACCUGACGCGCCUCGUCGUAACGUUUCCCCCGGUCUGGCCCCAGUGCCUCAGGUUCCUCCAGCCGCCAGCGUGGCCACAGCCAACAGUUCGACUGUGACAACCGAUGGCGUUCCGCGAUUCCUACUCCCAGAUGUACGCGUGACUGUAGGACCGCCCCUCGUCGCACCACACGAACUCGUUGACGCCAUCUUGAGACUGGCAUCAUCAGACCCCCUCGCAUACGAAACCAUCGUCGGCAUAACGCAGACUUUCACGGCGAUGGCGCCGGUCACACCUGGCACUAGCAAUCUGCUCAGUAUUCUCUCGUCGACGCAGAGCGUGAUGGACCAACCUCACGUAGGAACGACGAUCUCCAGCCACUCUACUGUAUCAUCGCCUGCGGCCCCAGAGUCGGCAAGUCGCAUUGACGUUGUUCAGGGCGACGUGGCUGCCGACGCGACGGCGCCUGGCCCAGUUCCCCUGAAUGGUGUAGCUUCCGAGGCAAAGCGGGCGGCGCAGUACAACAGAUGGGUCGACUCGGAAGGUCGCCCCAUUGCUGGACCUUCGCGUCUUGGCUGAGAUGUUUCCUAUCCCCUUUAGAAGUCAAGCUCCCGCAUGCACAAUUGCGGAUCCGGUUCGAGUAUUACCACUGCCGCACUGGCAGCAAUUCGUAGCGUGUCGUCCACUUGGUAUUGUCCUAGAUCAGUUGUUUAGUAGCAUCCGAUGAGCAUCCGUAUAUCGACGUGUAGUUACCAGAUUUACUUGGUUUUAGCUGUCAUUCCUAUGCCACGAAUGUGAUAGAGCGAUACAUUUCCCUUGGAUACGCACACUGGAGUGCCAUAUUGACACUGAGGUUCAGGUCGUAGCGCCAUGCAGUUAUUGAACAU